AAGCCUGCUACUUCUACUGUCUCCUACCAAAAAGUCAACAUGCACUUCUUCGCCUACAUGACGGUCCUCAUGACCGCUGUGCUCUCCGUAGCCACCCCCAUCCUCAAGCGUCAAGUCGGCGGUGUCCUCAUCUGCAACGGCAUAAACGCAACAGGCGAGUGCACCCACCUCGUGGCAGAGGUAGGCCAGUGCACGAACCUCACAGCCCCCUACUACCAAAACACCUCGACCUUUGCACCCGACGGCGAGGAGUUCUACUGCUACCCGUACCUGUUCUCUUGCGGCGGCAUCUGCAAGUCCCCUGAAGGCUGCACCUACGGCGCCGUCUCCUACAACACAACAGCCAAGACCAACUUCACGGCCGGCGGCUGGAACAACCUCAUCGAGUCGUUUACUUGCUACAGCGGUGCGACGCCUGAGAUCUGAGGUAGAGGGGGGUUUUCUUCUCGUCGAUGGAGGCGCGGCCACACACCCCACCCCCCCCUUUCCCCUUGUCAUGUAUGUGUGUGUGUGUGUGUGUGUGUGUGUGUGUGUGUGUGUGUGUGUGUGUGUGUGUGUGUGUGAGUGACAGAGAGAGUUGCGAGUGAAAUUGAGUGUGGUAUGCAGCAAUGCAAUGCAAUGCACAGGGUGGAAGAGAAAAGAGUGUAUGCAGAAGGGGGAGG